AUGUUCACAUACGAAGCCACGCAUGGACUCUUCACGUUGCAUUUAUGCUGCUGGUUUUGCCACCUUAGGUUUGAUUUUUGGCGAGCGGCUGCUUCGCUUCCUGAGACAGAGUGGACAAGUGUUUAAUGAUAUCUUGAGUGUUACCUUGCAGCCAGUUUUGAUCCAGAAGAGUUCCCAGUUAUUGACGUGUGCGCUUCAUGUCAGAGAGCAGACAAACAAGUUUCCGGUCAUUGGACUGGACUGUGAGUGGGGUUCGAACACUAAACGAAUGAACGGCAGAACUGAGCAAACAGAAGAUUUCUUGAAUGCUUGCGACGACCUCGACUGGGUCACAGACACACUGGAAAAACUAGCAUUGGUCCAAAUUGCACUGUUCGAUGGAACAGUUUACGUCAUUCAAAUGAAAAGUAUUUUAGAAGAACUAGACCGUAAUGAAUCAUCAGAUGAUGCAUUGUCUUUGGCUCAUUUGGCCGAAGUCCUGUCAGACGAAAAAGUUACGAAGGUUGGCGUUGGUAUUGAUCUGGAUGUGAAGAAAGUGUGGGAAGUUCUGAAUCUGCAUGUGGCUUCCUGGUUUGACUUGAGAUAUCUGGCGUUUGAGUUCAACCAGCUUAAAUUGAGAGGAAUGGGUCUUGCGAAACUGAGUGGGAAUCUACUGGGGAGAGAAAUGAGCAAGGAGCUGCAACUGUCCAAUUGGGCACAAGAGUGUCUGACUGAAGACCAAAUAUGGUAUGCUGCAAAUGACGCACUCGUCUCCCUCAAGGUCUUCGUCAAGUUCUUCACACUGUUCCAAAUCACAAAACAGAACAGCUUUGAGGACUUUGUGCAGAGGGUGCAGCCUUACUUCAACCAGAAGUAUAAAAUUCGGGGCGGUACGAACCCUUUCAACGGAUCUUUGAAUGCCAAUCACUGUUCAAACAAGGUCACUGCCGCCCCAGGCAGUAGUGGUGUUGACAGUAAGUCAGUGAUUCCUGUGAAAUAUUUGUACAGCAGCAAGAGUGAGAUCUACUCCAAUGGAAGUCUCCUCGCACCCGAUGGUCAGCUACUCUGCACCUGCAGUAUGAACAAACUCAAGUGGUACUGUGUGAAGGGACUGGGAGAGUGGGUGGAUGAUAAACGAGUGAAGUUGUUCUUUGAGCCUGCCAACAGACCCUCCGAGGACAGCGAGUACUACCGACUGCCCAAGAAGAACAUGUGUGUGGUGUGUGGAAGAGAUGAACACAUGCUGCGCAAAAACGUCGUCCCUGUCGAGUACAGAAAACACUUUCCGGACUCGAUCAAAUCGCACCAGUCGCAUGACACUCUGGUGUUGUGUGUGGGCUGUCACGUGCAGAGCAACUGGCACGACCUGCGCAUGCGAAGGGAGCUGGAGCGGGAGUGUGAGGCACCCAUGGGGGCCAUAGUGUCCCUAGUGAAGAAACAGCCCCCUCUGCUGCUGAACAAGGCCAUACAUGCAGCCAGGGCGUUGGUUGCACACAUGGACACUAUGCCGCAGCAGAGAAUAGAGGAGUUGAAACUUCCUGUGGUUGAGUUUGUGAACAGCUGCGAGGCAGAGGCUCUCAACCUGGAUGCCAACAUCACACUUCACACUCUUCAACAUGUUGCCAACAUGAAGCACCAAAACCCGAAGAACGAAGCACUAGAACCGCAUGGGCUGAAAGUGUGUCGCAGCUUUGUGGAGAGAGGACUGGGCUUGGAGGCUCUGAAGCAGAGGUGGAGAGCACACUUCAAAGAGAGUAUGAAGCCACAGUACCUUCCCGAUCUGUGGUGUGUCGAACACAGACCCAAGUACAAGGGCCAGUUCAUCGAUGACUGCUCGGCUGAAGUGCUGCAGUACCUGGAGAAGGGAGGAAAGUACCAGGACUGUCUCAAGAACCCUUGAUGUUGCAUCGGGCAAAGAUUGCAGGCAGAUAAAACUAUUUUGAAAACAGUAGCUUUUUUGAAAUAUUUUUGUUUUCAUCAUUUUAUUAAGAGUCGAUGAAUGUAGAUCAGACUCUUAUAUAGGUCGUGAUCAUUUUCCAGGAAAAGUCUUAAAUGCUCUGGUGACAACAGAA